UGGAACUGCUGGGGAUACAGAAUCUGCUACUUCACUGAGAACUUCACAACGCUGGCUCCCUAUUGUCAGCCAGCGAAGCUGCAGUUUAACUGCAAUGGAACCUAUCAUUGGAACUACUUGUGUUGUUUUCUGCUUAGCACUCAUCAUUCCAACACAGUCUAUUUACAUUUCUAAAGAUAAAGAAUCCCUUUUAGAGAAGAUAGAGGAAUACAGCCUUGUAACCCCAAUCAGUACUGAUUCCAAGGGAAGAUACUUGUCUCAUGAAGUGUCAAAAAGAGAAAAAGGUCGUUUUCGGAGAGAUACAGGGGAUAUUAAUCAUAAAACAACAGAAGAUACCAUUUAUUAUAAUGUCACUGUUUUUGGGAGGGAAUACCACCUAAGACUAAGAGUCAAUUCAAAGCUUGUUGCACCUGGAGCAACCAUCGAAUGGGAAGAGGAUUCCAAUGUGACUGUAAUUGAACCACUACAUAGGAAUUGCCAGUAUGUUGGGGAUAUCACGGAUAUUCCAAAUGCUUCUGUUGCUAUAAGCAACUGUGAUGGUCUGGCUGGCAUGAUUCGAACAGACAAGGACGAAUUUUUCAUAGAGCCGCUGGAGAAAGACAAGCAAGAGGAAGACAGUGGAAGAACACAUGUUGUCUAUCGUAGAUCAGCUAUAAUAAAGUCGUUUCCCAGUAACAACACUGACAUGCUCCAUAAUGAAACCAGUCAACACUCAACUAAUCUCCUGGAAAAUGUACUUGAUAAUCUGGAAAAUCAUGUCAAUAAUACAAGAAAGAGAAACCGUAGACACGCUACAGAAGAUGAUUAUAAUAUUGAAGUUCUCCUUGGUGUUGAUGACUCUGUUGUACGAUUCCAUGGAAAAGAAUAUGUUCAGAAAUACCUUUUGACUCUUUUAAACAUUGUUAAUGAAAUCUACCAUGAUGAGUCACUGGGUGCCCAUAUUAAUGUUGUGUUAGUAAGGAUAAUCAUGUUGAGCCACAGCAAAUCUACCAGUUUAAUAGAAGUUGGGAACCCUUCUCAGAGUUUAGAGAAUGUUUGCCGAUGGGCAUAUCUGCAACAAAAACCUGACACUGGGCAUGCUGAACACCAUGAUCAUGCAAUAUUUCUCACAAGACAAGAGUUUGGUCCUUCAGGCAUGCAAGGUUAUGCGCCAGUCACAGGAAUGUGCAAUGUUGUACGUAGCUGUACACUUAAUCAUGAAGAUGGAUUUUCUUCAGCCUUCGUGGUAGCCCAUGAGACUGGUCAUGUAUUAGGCAUGGAACAUGAUGGACAAGGAAACAGAUGUGGUGAUGAAGUCAGGAUGGGAAGCAUUAUGGCUCCACUUGUACAGGCAGCUUUUCAUCGCUUUCACUGGUCUCGAUGCAGUCAACAGGAACUUAGUCGCAAUUUAAAUUCCUAUGAUUGUCUGCGUGAUGAUCCUUUUGAGCACGAUUGGCCUUCCCUCCCACAGCUCCCAGGGAUUCAUUAUUCUAUGAAUGAGCAAUGCCGUUUUGAUUUCGGUUUGGGCUAUAUGAUGUGCACAGCUUUUCGGACAUUUGACCCAUGCAAGCAACUUUGGUGUAGUCAUCCUGACAACCCUUAUUUCUGUAAAACAAAAAAGGGUCCUCCUCUGGAUGGCACAAUGUGUUCUCCUGGAAAACACUGCUUCAAAGGUCAUUGCAUCUGGCUGACUCCCGAUAUCCUUAGACAAGAUGGAAAUUGGGGAUCGUGGAGUAAAUUUGGUUCGUGUUCUCGCACUUGUGGCACAGGUGUGAAAUACAGAACAAGGAGCUGUGACAAUCCACACCCAUCUAAUGGAGGUCGGUCAUGUGUAGGGCCAAGCUAUGAACUACAACUUUGCAAUACCGAGGAGUGUGACAAAGACUACAGUGACUUCCGAGAGGAGCAGUGUAAGCAAUGGGAACCAUUCUUUGAAUAUCAGGAUACCAAACAUCAUUGGCUGCCAUACGAACAUCCAGAUGAAAAGGAAAGAUGCCAUCUUUACUGUCAAUCGAAAGAGACUGGUGAUGUUGUAUAUAUGAAGAGGCUGGCACAUGAUGGAACACAAUGCUCUUAUAAGGAUUCUCACAACAUAUGUGUAAGAGGUGAAUGUCUGAAAGUUGGAUGUGACAAGGUAAUUGGUUCAACCAAAAAAGAAGAUAAAUGUGGUGUAUGUGGUGGAGAUAACUCACAUUGCAAAGUUGUGAAAGGAACAUUCACAAGAGCACCCAAAAAACAAGGAUAUGUGAGAAUAUUUGAGAUUCCAGCAGGCGCACGCCAUUUACUGAUUCAAGAAAAUGAUGCAUCCCUACACAAUCUUGCAAUGAGAAAUCAAGUUACAGGAAAAUUCAUCUUAAAUGAUGAGAGUGAAAAAAACAUGCCAGAUUCAAAAGUAUUUGUGAAUAUGGGUAUUGAAUGGGAAUAUCGUAAUGAUGACGACCGGGAAACAAUUCAGACGAUGGGGCCCUUGCACAAUGCAAUAGUUAUACUUGUAAUUCCUCAUGGUAAUGUCAAAAUUUCCUUGAGUUACAAAUACAUGAUACAUGAAGACUCCUUAAAUGUAAAUAACAACAAUGUUCUUGAAGAAAAUGUGGUUAUAUAUGAAUGGGCUUUGAAAAAAUGGUCGCAUUGUUCUAAUCCAUGUGGAGGAGGUAAUCAGUUUACAAAAUAUGGUUGUCGAAGGAAAACUGACCACAAAAUGGUUCAUAAGAGUUUCUGUGAAUCUAUUCAAAAGCCUAAACCUAUCCGAAGAGUAUGUAAUCUCCAAGAAUGUUCCCAACCAGUAUGGAUCACAGGAGAAUGGGAAGCUUGUUCUAUGACUUGUGGAAAGUCAGGAAAUCAGAUCAGAUCUGUAAAAUGCAUUCAGCCUCUUACUGAUAAUAGAAACAAAUCUGUACCUAGCAAAUACUGCAGUGAAAAUCGCCCUGAAGCCAGAAGGCCUUGUAAUCGUCAGCCUUGCCCAUCUCAGUGGAGAGUUGGUCCUUGGUCACAGUGUUCUGUAACAUGUGCUAAUGGUACCCAGGAAAGGCAAGUCAUGUGCGGUUCAGGUGACAAUAAGACCAACAGCUGUAAUGACGACAAACCAGAAACAAUACGAAUUUGCAGACUACCUCCAUGUCCUGGCAAUGCUACUGAUCCAUCUAAGAAGAAUUACAUUGUGCACUGGCUAUCAAGACCAGACACAGAUAAUCCCAACCACAAAAUCUCUUCAAAGGAUCACUGCCUUGGAGACAAGUCACUGUUUUGUCGUUUGGAGAUUUUGGCUCGUUACUGCACCGUGUCGGGAUAUAGCAGGCUGUGUUGUAAAUCAUGCAAUUCAUCUCAGAUUCUUACAGACUCUAAUACAGUCAAAAAUAAUGAUAUAGAGAACCUCGUCUCUCCAAUUCCAACCCCGCCCACUGUUCAUUUAAAAAAUUCAUCUUUGUUACCCACUCCCAUUUAUAACGUAAAUUCUUCUCAGAUCAAUGUAACAGAAAAUCGACAAGAUGUUAACACCUUUGAAUUUCCAUAUAAAGUUAAUGGGAUAGACACUGACGUUCAACAGACAAACAUUAUACCACGAAGAAGGGCCACCUAUGAAAAAACAAGAAACCAGAGGAUUCAACAGUUGAUUGCAGAGAAAAUGAAACAGGAGACAGAAAGGAAACAAACAUAAUUACAAUACAUACACCUAUCACCUAUUCCAUUUUGUAGACAAAAACACAGAUUUCUAUUGCAUAGCAGCUUGAUAAAAUGGUGCUGAAAUACAACCUCUUAAUUGGAUACUAUUAUGUUGGAAAGAUAUGGGCUAGAUACAUAUUCAAUUUUUAUAUAUUUUGAAACAGUCUGUAAUUCUCCCAAACAUCACCAUAUCAUAUACAGACUCUGUAUAUCUCCAAUUAGAUAGACCCACAAACACGUAUAUAAGUAUGUGUGUUUUUAUAUAUAUAUAUAUAUAUAUAUAUAUAUAUAUAUAUAUAUAUAUAUAUAAAUAAUAUCAUAUACAGACUUGGAACUCUGUAUAUCUCCAGAUAGAUAAGCCCACAAACACGUAUUUAUGCAUGUGUAUAUAUAUAUAUUUAUAUAUAUAUAUAUAUAUAUAUAUAUAUAUAUAUAUAUAUAUAUAUAUACGUGUGUGUGUGUUAUUUCUUUAUAGAAAUUAAUGAAAUUAUUAUUAUAGCCCAUUUCUUUCCUACAUUAUAACCUGCUUGUAAAGUCAUAUUUGUGAAGCAAUGCUCAAACAUCUCAUACCGUACAAACAACCAGAAGACACUUUACAUUCAGUAUAAACUUGAAAAAGAAGCCUUCUGUGAAUAGAGAAAGCUUCAGUAAAUAUGACCUUAUCACCCAUUAUUUUUAUAUUGAUGGGUAAAUGUGGUGCCAAAGGGUCAUAGUGCAAUAUUUUUAUUUUUUUUUGUUAUAGGAAGUUAAUUCGUUAAUAGCUGCCUACCAAUACGUAAUGCCACUGUGACGUUUUCCUGUUAUGUCACAAUUUAUUUCCAAAAAUGGCUUGUUAACAUUUUAAAGCCCACAUUUCUGGAACCCAAAUUGUUUGCAUGUGCUUUUCAUUUAUGUAAACUGCUUUUGAAGUGUUUCAGGACCCGGAUAAUUUUGUUGACGGUUCCAUUUUGAAAACUAGAUGGAGUUAUUUUGAACAAUUAUCAAUAAUUUUUUUUUCAUGAACUGUGUAUAAAAUUGCAUAAGCAAUACUUAAGACAGUUUUAGUUUACACUACUGGAUGAUUUAUAAUUUUGUUUUUCUCCAAAAAACUAUUUAGUUGCAUUACAAAUUGCCACUUUAAUUCUGAAGGAAGUUGAACUUAACAAGUAGAAAUAUAUUGAAGAGAAAAAACUAUUUGCACUUAUUUCUAAAAUUUUCUAAAAUGAGAGUUUUUAAAAAAAUAAAAAUAAAUUACUUAAUUAAAAAUAGGUAGAGCUAGAAAUUGUUUCCCUUAAAAGUUUAUAUUUUUUGUUGAACAAAAGCCUAUUUUUAAGUCUUUAAUUGCACAAGACAAUAUAAUUGUAUGUGCAUAUUUCCUAUGUAUUUUUUUUCCAUUUGAGCAGAUAUGAUGUUCAAAUUGAAAGUUUCCUUUAUUUAAAUUUAAUUUUGGUCAUUGAUCUGUGUAAAAAGUAGCUGGCUUUUGCUACUCUGCUUAUCAUUUUAUUCUACAAAGAAAAUUAUGUUGUGUGUAUAAUAUAUUAUUAUUUAGUAAAUUCAAUUCAAUGCAGCAAAAUGUGAUGAUUUCAAUUUUAAUUGAAGCUUGAUAUGGUAACUGGAUUAUUAAAAAUCACUGGAACACCUCAGUUUAUCCAACGGGAAUUUAAUUCCAUUUUCUGUUCAUAAUCUUAGAGAAAAUGUUAUCAAAUUUGCUGUGCUUUGUCUGGCCUCAUAGUUUGAUAUUUUAUAUUUUAUGACAAUAUAAAAUAAGCAGACUCCCCCUUAAUACCAAGUUAAUUGCUCUGUAACUAAUAUUUGAUAUAAACCACAGGAAAAUGUUUUAUACUUAAAGUAAUGAAAUAUAAAACUAAAACACAUUAAUUAAUAAAAAUGCUGCUGUAUACAACAAUUACCACUAAGUCUAGAUAAAAAUGAACUAACUAUUAGAUAUAUAAUUUGAUUUUAUUGUUUAAAAAUGUUGGUUUCCCAAUAAUUUGCUUGGUAAUAUUGCUAUGCAGGAGUUUCUGGGAAAUAUUCUAGAUAAUAUUUUGCAUACAAUAACAAGAUAGAAUGGUGAAAUGUAUUUCCGUGCUAGGGCAUUAAAAGGCAAAUCUGCUUAAAAUAUAUUGUACAUUUUAGACAAGCUAUAAAUUACCCUAUGGGUCUAUAAAAAAAAAUUGCUGCAAAUUUUAAUUGCAUGAUAUAUGUAUUUACACACACGUUUUAAAAUAAAUGUUCUGGAUAUGGAAAGUCCUUCUUUCUCUAUCUAUAAUACAGGUACAAAAUCUUAAAAUUCAGAAAUUGAAUAUCCAGUUUAUAUACAUGGUAAACAAUGAUCAUAUGUUCAGCUUUAAGAGAGCUUAACACACCACCCUUAGCAUGAAAACAGUAUUAAAAUGUUUUUUGUUUGUUUUUUUAUUUUUUUUGCUUUUGUCUAUGGGUCACACCUGUAAACAUUUAUUUUUUCUAAAUAAAGCAAAUUUCUCAUAAAACACAA